CUGGUUGACAACUGCCGGAGCACUUCCUCGUCCACCCGCUCCGCCUCCGCCUCCGCCUCCGUCACGCCGUAUAACAUUUCCGCCAAUAGCCGAUGAGCCUUUUCUACCCCAAUACCACUGCACCUCAUUCCUUCUCACGCCUCUCAUCCUUCCCACUAACAACCCUCCAUAAACGCCGCUCCGAACUGUUUGUCGGAUGCCGCUCAAAUCCCAUCAAACGGAAAUUAAGCUGCAAUUGCGUCGCAGCUAGCUAUGAAAGUAGCAGCGGGCGUAACAAUGGCGGUAGUGACAUUCCGGAGGAAUGCGGCGAGUCCGUGGAAGUGAUAAUGGUGGGCAGCCGGAAAGAUGCGCUGCUGGAAUUCUGUUCGGCCUCCCCUUUCCUGUCCCCUGUUUUGAGAUUCUGGAAUGUUCUUGGUCAGGACUCGCAGCAGGUGCAACUGCAACAAAGGUUCACAAGCAAAGAUAACACUCCAAGAACUGUGGAAGACUUCUUGGCGUGGCAUUCAUCUUCUAGAGCUGUGAUACUUGUUGCUAGUGCUGCUUAUGGUUCAGAUCAUAGUACAGCACUUGAGGUUCUUAGCAAUGUCAAGAGUGGAAAUGGGUUUGUCGUAGGCAUAAUAAUAAAGCCAUUUGGUUUUGAAGGGAAAAGGCGCCAAGAUGAGGUCAAGGAUUUGUCUGACAAACUCCAAAAGCAGGCACAUUUCUGUAUUGUUCUUGAUACUGAUAUGCUUCUCGAAAAUGAUAUGGUAACUCUGGAUGAGGCUUUGAGGACCACUAAUAAUGCUGUUUUGAUGGCAAUAAACACCAUUUCCAUUUUAUUAACUGAGAAACACACGAAGUUUCUGAAUGCAAAAGAUGAUUCGAUCAGAGAAAUUCAACUUCCUGAGUUUCGAGAAGUUUUCGCAAGUUACAAAGAAGCGAGAAUUGGAUUUGGGGCUGGUUACAACGUCAAGACUUCACUUUUGCAAGCUAUAAAUGACUGCCCUUUUCUGGGAGUUGACAUAAAGGAUCUUGAUGGUGUAGUUUUAUGUAUCAUUGCAAGUUCAGGUGCUGUGGAAUGCAGUGAGACAAAUAAUAUUUUGCAUUCUGUUCGUUCAAUUACAAAAUGCAAUGGAGAAAUAAUUGUAUCGCUUGUCCAUGAGCCGUAUCUGGAGGCUAACAAAAUAGCAACUGCCAUUAUUGUGUUUGGAUACUCUAGAAAGCAGUUGGCUCCUGCUCCAAGAAGUGGCAUAUUGUCUAGCCUGGGUCAGCAUUUCCCUUCCAUUUUCAAUAUCUUUAAGAAGCAACAUCAGCAACUGAACAAUCUUGAGAAAGUCAUCUUGUCCGAGAGUCCACACGUCUCUAAUGGGAUAGAUCUUCCCGGUCUUAAAGAUACGUUGGAGACAAAUUCUUUAGAUAGUACUUCUGAUGAUACUGUGUCUAUCUCUGGGAAAACCCUAAGUCCAUCGGAUGAUGAGGGGGAAGAAUUCCGUUCUUCCAGGAGUGACCAUGGUUCUGGAGAAAAAGAGGUGGAACUAUUGGAUACCAGUUUCAGUUCCAUGCCAUAUGAGUUAAUUUCUGAAGGAAACUACGUGUUCAAGAGGGAACUGUUUACUAGAGGAAAUAUGGGGCCAGGUCAUUCAACUGAAUCCAAAUAUGGAACCAAUUUUACAGAUGAAGCUGGACUGCUUGACGGCGUCAGCAUCUACAGAUUGCCUGUGGGUGUAAAAAAUUUAGAGAAGUUGGAAGAGUCUCCUGUCUCCUCAACCACUAAACGGGGAUCAGCAUGGAGAAUUGAUGAUGAUGAUGAGAAAACUGUACCAAUAGUGUCUUGGUCUGGAUUGACCGAUGCCGAUUUCAACAACAAUGCUUCUAUAUCCAGCAAAGGAAAUAACAUCGUUAAUUCUAAAAAGCAGGGGGGGCUUUCUGUUCGUGCUGCAUCCAUGUUGGAAUCGGAGAGAGACUCACAAAAGAAGUGGAGUCGUGUGGUUGAGAUGAGAUAUCGUGGUGGGAAAUACAAAGGUCGCUCACAAGGAGGACUUCCUGAAGGAAAGGGAUGCCUAUUUCUUGGUGACGGAAGCAUCUAUGAUGGUAUGUGGCGCUAUGGAAAGAGAUCAGGUCUUGGAACAUUCUAUUUCAACAAUGGGGAUGUUUUCCAGGGAUCAUGGAGAGAUGAUGUCAUGCAUGGCAAGGGAUGGAUUUACUUCCAUACUGGGGACAGGUGGUUUGUUAACUUCUGGAAGGGAAAAGCAGAUGGAGAAGGCCGUUUUUACUCAAAAUUUGGUGAUGUUUUUUUCGGCCACUUCAAAGAGGGAUGGCGACAUGGCCACUUUCUUCGUAUCAAUGUCGAUGGGACAAGGAACAACUUGGAUAUCCAACUUUUCUGUGAGGAUUAUAACGAUCACACCAACUGUAUGAUUUAAGGAAAGAGAUCAAUGACUUUUGAAUGAGCUGAAGAGUUAUGGGAGGAAGGUGUGCUCGUUAGCGAAAAGCAACUGGAUCCAAAUGAAGAUGGUUGAACAGUGGCUUUCAUCUGAGCGGUAGACAUAAGUCGCACACCAGCCUUGUGCAAGGAUCCACUUCCAUGCCUCUGAUUUAUACAGAAACACAUUUAGUCUGCCCCAAUAUAAGAGCUCUUGGAAUAUGUUUGGAUGCAGGGUCCAUGUUUCUCUGUCCUAAGGUAACUGAGUUGAUCUAUUAUCUGAUCAUGUCAAUUUCUACGUCGUCUCGGAUAGUAUUUUGUAAAUGCGUGCAUAUGUCACCGGGAGUUCUGCUGUAGAUGGAGAUUUGUGUAUACGUUUCUGGAAAGGAGUCUUGUUAUUAUUGAUAUUCCCUCUUGUUAUUUGGCGAAGGGAGAACAGUAGUAACGGAAUGAAGUGAAUAGGUGCAUGUAUAUAUACUAUUAUUUCCUGCUGCUUCAAGAGAUAUUCAAGAGUGAAUGGGAUGAAAAUUUCAUUAA